AUCUAUAUCAAGUGAUCAUUUUUUUAUUCAGUAUUCAACUUGUUUUCAUCAUCGGUACAGGAUUUAGAAAACAAGCAACAACUCCACAAAUUUCCCGCUCCUGUAAUUUCGUUUCUUUCGUCUUAUCGUUCAGGGUAAAUAUUUUCAACAGGCGCUACAGAAACCGAAACAAACAUUGAACCACAAAAAUCCAAAGCAACCUGCCUGUCUAUCUAUCGAUCUAUUUUACACACCCCCUUCGUACAUAUCAAUUGAAGACGGUCAGACGGACAGACAGAUAGACAAUCUAUUAGUCAGUCAUUUGCUGCCCUUAUCUGUGUAUGUGUUUAUCUUACGAACACUGACCUUCAAAACAGUAGCCAAUUAAACUGAUAGCCUUUAGUUAACAGAAAGGUCAAUUAUUUUAAACCUCAAAAACCAAUAGUAUUUUGCUUUAUUCUACCCUGCUGAUAGUCUAUAUUUUGUGUGUGCGAUUGUGUGAUAUAAUGACGAAAGACGAAGUGGUUGUUCCCCCUGGCUUAAGGGAACUAUUACAAGAAUUGACUGUGUCUAUCCUACGUGAACGUCCAGUGGAUUUAAUUCAAUUCGCUAUUGAUUUCUUAACAAUGAAGAAAGCGGCUGCAGAAAAUCGUCCUAACAAAUCUUCAGCUGAUACUGAUGAAGAUGAUGAUGAUGAAGCAGAGCCUAUGCCUAUUCCACCACAACGUGCAACACGAAGAGCUGGUGUAGCUGCAGAAAGUUAUGAUCCAGAGAAAGAUGACAGUGCUAAUACAGUGAAAGUUGUCCAUCCAAAAACAGAAGAACAACGUCAUCGAUUAACACAAGCUACUAAGGAUAUUUUAUUAUUCCGAUGUCUUGAUGAUGAUCAAAUGAAGGAUGUCAUUGAUGCUAUGUUUGAAAGACAUGUGUCGCCUGGUGAGAAAGUGAUCACACUUGGUGAAGAUGGGGAUAAUUUUUAUGUUAUUGAAAAAGGCGUUUAUGAUAUCAUUGUAAAAGUUGGCAAUGAAGAGAAAACUGUUGGAAAAUAUGAUAAUAAAGGAUCAUUCGGUGAAUUGGCUCUGAUGUAUAAUACACCACGUGCUGCUACAAUAUUAGCUAAAACUGAAGGUGUCGUCUGGGCAAUGACUCGUGAAGUAUUUCGUUCUAUUGUGUUGAAAAAAGCCUUUGAAAAACGUCGUCUCUAUGAAGAACUCCUUAAUCAAGUACCAAUUUUAGAAAGUCUCAGUGCAUAUGAAAGAAUGAGUAUUGCUGAUGCUUUAAGAACUAAAAUUUUUGAAGCUGGUGACCAGGUUAUAAAACAAGGUGAUCCUGGAGAUGAAAUGUUCUUUGUUGAAGAGGGUAAAGUACGUAUUAAAAUGAAAAGAACUGGAGAAACUGAAGAGAAGGAGGUGGCUGUCAUUGAAAAGGGAGGUUAUUUCGGUGAACUUGCCCUGUUGACAAGUCAUCCACGUGCAGCGUCUGCAUAUGCUGAUUGUCGUACUAAACUAGCUGUCCUGGAUGUCGGCAGCUUUGAACGUCUUCUUGGACCGUGUUUAGAUAUACUCAGAAGGAAUAUUGAUGAUUAUGAAGCGAAAUUGAAGAAUAUCUUUGGUAGUUUGGAUAAAGUACCAGAAUUGAGACGUUAACUGUCAUGCUCUCUGUCUAUCUAUCUGUCUCUCUUCGUCAUUAUUUUCAUUUUUUGAACAAUAUGAUCUACAAUAUGUCUACAUUAAAUUUGAGCAUACUUUUUGUCAUCAAAUGGGAUAUUUGACGGUGUGGGGAGGGGAGAACCACUAGGAUACAGCAUAGUAUGAGUGAGUAUAUUAUCUUUCUUUCUCUGUCUUAUUCAUAUCUCUAAAUUUUUGAAGAUAUAUAUAUAUAUAUAUAUACUAUAAAUAUCUUAUAUGUACAUAUUUUUGAUGGUGUCCAAUGUAUUAUUCAAUGAAUAGUCGUUACGUAAUUCAUUCGCUUAUUUGACUCACAUUGAUGUUUUCUCCGCAUUAACUUUCACUUUCUGAA